CUCCAUUCCAUCGACUCACCAACCGACAAUGCUGUCAAGAAUACGAAACUGGCUGCGGAAGGACGACUUGCCGGGAGGCUACGAGCUGCUGCCAGCCAGCGGCGCAGACCACGAUCAGCGGGCCCACCACCUAGCGACGCUCCCCCACGUCCCGGCCCCCAUCCCUCCCGCGUCCUACGCCAUCGCGCUCGUAGAGUUCGCCGAGCGCGCGUCGUACUAUGGCGUAGGGGGCGUCUUCACCAACUUCAUCCAGCGGCCGCUGCCGCCUGGUGGGAACGGCGCGGGCGCGCCGGCCGAGGGGAGCGAGGCGACGCCUGGCGCGCUGGGACGGGGGCUGCAGGUGUCGACUGCGCUCACGGGGCUGUUCACGUUGCUGGCGUUUACGACGCCGUUGCUUGGCGGCGCGCUCGCCGACAUGCGAUGGGGCAAGUUCAAGACUAUCGUCAUUGGUACCGCCAUCGCAGGAAUCGCGCACGUCGUGCUCGUGUAUGCCGCGCUCCCAUCCGUGCUGCAGGCCAACAUGGCCUUCUUCCCCUUCCUCGUCUCGCUCCUCCUCCUCGGCGGGUCCACUGGUCUGAUCAAGGCCAACAUUGCGCCGCUCAUGGCAGAGCAGUACACCCCGGAGGGUGACUACCUCGCGACGCUGGCCUCGGGCGACAAGGUCAUCGUCGACCGCGAGGCAACGAUUCAGCGCAUCAUGUCAUCAUACUACCACUCGAUCAACCUCGGCGCGUUUGCCGCCAUCGCGUCUACCUUUGCCGAGAAGUACGUGGGCUUCUGGCUCGCCUACCUCAUCCCCGGCGCAAUAUUCCUCCUCAUGCCGCCGAUCCUGUAUGCAGUGUACCCUCACCUCGCUCCUGCGCCGCCGCCCUCGUCAUCCCCCUUGGUCGACGCAUACCACCUUGCGCGGCGCGCCGUCGCUGCCAAGCCUGGCGACGAGAGGGGCGAGCGCGAGCACGGCAGCAGGGACGAAGCCGAGGCGGCACAGGCACUCGAGGCGUGCAAGCUCUUCGCCUUCUUCGCGAUCUACAACAUCGCGGACGGCGGGCUCAACUCGCUCAUGACGAGUCUGGCGGGCUCGAUGACGACGCAUCACCCGCUAAUCCGCAGGAACCCCUUCGCCAUCGUCGUCUCCAUCCCCCUGCUCAACAAGUUUGUCUAUCCCGCCCUCGAGGCGCGGCGCAUCGCUCACGGACCCGUCCGACGCGUCGUCGUAGGCUUCAUUCUCGCGGCGGCCGGCAUGCUGUGGUGCGCACUCAUCCAGUGGGCGGUGUACCACACCUCGCCGUGCGGGUACUCUGCGACGAGUUGUGAAGAGGUGUCGCCUCUGAGCGCAUGGCUCGUUGUCCCUGCCCCGCUCCUCGCAGGUCUGAGCGAGUCGAUCGCCGUUGUCAGCGCGCUCGAGCUCGCGUACACCAUGUCACCUGCUGGCCUCAAGUCCAUCGUCACCUCGCUCUUCCUCUUCACCCAGGCCAUCUCUGCCGGUAUUGUCCUCAUCUUUGUGCCUGUCAUGCGGGACCCGGCCCUUGUGUGGCCGUUCUUCCUCACUGCCGCAUUCACUGCCCUCGCCAGCGCCGGCGUGUGGAAGCGCUUCAAGUACCUCGACACGGCGGCGCACUAG